CAUGGAAAAUGAUUAGUGGUGGGAAAGUUGAUUAGAAAUGGCGUGUAUAGUUUCGGUUGAAUGGACUGAGUGAAACCCUCUGACUGUCACACACCUCUCAUUAACUCCCUUCCUGCACUCCCAGAUCGCAUACCACAGCUCAGAAGGGGUUCAUUUCAUUAAUAAAACCCCUUGCGCAGGGCUGCUGCUGCUGCCUUCCUGAGUGGAGCCGAGAAACACAAGGUGCGGGCCCAGCAGCACCCGGCAGAACCAAGGGCACAGUCCUCCACGAAUACUCUCUCACGUAUUCAUGCUCUUAGGCAACUGAUCAAAAAUGAAGAGAGCAAAUAAACACGAGAGCGGAGGCUGUUUCUGGUGUGAGGUACCGAGCAGGAAAACAGCAGUAGGGCCCUACAGCUGGACAGCCAGACACCCCGAUCCUGUACAAUCUAGAGUACAGCCCAGGUUUUUCAUUCAGAAAUGCCUAAUUCCUGAAGCAGCCCCGCGGGUGUGACACAUCGACCCGCGUGCGGGUGGAAGUCCCAGCAGGCAGGAGACACCGCACUGCAGCGUCUAGGUGCUUUUGAACAAAAUAAAUCACAUUUUCCCUCACAUUUGAAAACGGGGGAAUCCAGGACGUAGCCAACAAAUCGUGGGUCAAAAGCCCAUUGGAAAGACGGCCCAAUAUGCCUUCCUUAAUAAGGAACAGAGACACAGAGCAGAGACGCUCGGAUACCGCAAUAGGCCACAACACUAACCAGGAAGAAUCAAUAACACGCCGGGAAGUCGCUAAUGCAGUGUCCGCCGAUCCUUUUCUGAAGGGAGUUAGUAUAAUACUAACGCAGACAAGGAAUCUAGGCCUGGGAGGGGGAUAAUCUGCGGCGUAAACCCCUCAAUGUCCCGGAGCACUGUCCAGUCAGUGAGUAGUAACGCUGGCUGUUUUGCACCGCAGGUUAUUGUCUGUCUCUGGUGAUGGUAAUAGGAGUUAGAUAAAUUAGUAUAUUAACGAGUUUGCAGCCCUCCUAUCUAUUCCACCGGGCACCAUUAGGCAGAGGAGGUUUUCAAUAGCAGAAACACAUCUCCAUGAAAUCUAGUCUGGAACACCGCGGUCCGGAUGGAGGAGAGGAGGGGGAUUUAUUUAUUUGGAGGUCUAGAAAAGUGAAUAUGUCCGUAGGGCUGCAGAGGCCUCCGAGCCUGGCCACCUUUCCUCUCCACAGAUGGCGUUGCUCUCCCAAAGCCCUUCUGUGUGGCGUUGCUCCGACCAUCUGGAAGGGAUCUGAGCGUAAAGUGGAUUUAUUUAGAACCUGCAGUGCUGGAAACGUGUUGCUUUUCUCUCCUUCAAUUAUCUUGAUAAAUGAGUUGUUGUUGAAGGAAGAAAAAUAAGCACCCGAGUUAGAAUAAACUAGGCUGCAUUGUCACCUCUAGCCCCCAGCCCUGAACCUUGUCUUGGUUCCCCUCUUAAGAGAAGACUGUAAAUUUGCGCAUAUUCUCCUGCCCUCGAUCUCCCAAGAAGGCCCCAGAGGUGAGGUGUCUGCCUCAGCGGCUGCUUCAAAGCCUCGGGGGAAUCAAUAAGUCUGAAGAGGAGGUUUGAAGUGACUUCUGGAGAUAAGAUCGAUGUGAAGGAUUUUCUGUCGUUGUUGUUGGAAGUUCAGAAGUCACGAAGAAAGGUAAAGGGUUCUGCUUACGUCCCUCUGGGAAGAUGGGAAGCAAGGCUCUUCCGGCUCCGAUCCCACUCCACCCUUCACUGCAGCUCACUAACUACUCCUUCCUCCAGGCUGUGAACACCUUCCCAGCAGCUGUGGACCACCUACAAGGUCUUUAUGGACUCAGCGCGGUGCAGACCAUGCAUAUGAACCACUGGACAUUGGGAUAUCCCAAUGUGCAUGAAAUCACCAGGUCUACCAUCACGGAGAUGGCUGCAGCUCAGGGCCUGAUGGAUGCCAGAUUCUCUUUCCCAACGCUACCUUUCGCCACACACCUCUUUCACCCAAAGCAAGGGGCCAUCGCCCAUGUAAUCCCAGCUUUACAUAAAGACAGACCCAGGUUUGAUUUUGCCAAUCUGGCCGUGGCCGCCACGCAGGAGGACCCACCAAAGAUUGCAGAUCUGACCAAGCUGAGUCCAGGACUUGGAAGUCCCAUCUCAGGGAUCAGCAAACUGUCUCCGGACAGAAAGCCCUCCAGGGGCAGGUUACCUUCCAAAACGAAAAAAGAGUUUAUCUGCAAAUUCUGCGGCAGACACUUUACCAAAUCCUACAACCUGCUCAUCCACGAGAGAACCCACACAGACGAGCGGCCCUAUACCUGUGACAUCUGCCACAAGGCCUUCCGGAGACAGGACCACCUCCGAGACCACAGAUAUAUCCAUUCCAAAGAAAAACCUUUCAAAUGUCAGGAAUGUGGGAAAGGAUUCUGCCAAUCCAGAACUCUAGCAGUUCAUAAAACUUUACAUAUGCAGGAAUCUCCACACAAAUGCCCCACAUGUGGAAGAACCUUUAAUCAGAGAAGUAAUCUGAAAACUCACCUUCUUACCCAUACAGACAUCAAGCCCUACAACUGUGAGCAGUGCGGCAAAGUGUUCAGGCGAAACUGUGAUCUGCGGCGGCACAGUCUAACUCACACCCCGCGGCAGGACUUCUAGAGCAGCCAAGGACCUGCACCUGCCUCUGCAGCUCCAAGUUGCUAAUUUUGCUCAAGGACUUAAUUGUAGAAAGCUACACACACACACACACACAGGGGCCGAGACCGCAUACCACACUCCAGCAAAAUUCCCUUAGGGAGUUGUGGACUGCAGGAUCGGGCUCCACUCCUAUCCACACAAAGAGCAUAUGCUAGUCUCUUGUAGAUAUUCGCAGCUCAUUUUAGAGCUCUGUACAGAAUGUGGUUUUAUUUUUUUUUCGUAUUGUCCUGUUGGAUGCACAUUGAUAACAAAUCUGAGAGUCAAAAUAUCUUUUAAAAGUGUAUUUCAAAAUAAAUCCCCCCCAAUACCUCCUGCUCUGUCGUAUUACUUUCCUAAACAUUUUGUUCUUCUGCUGUGACAGCUGCAAUAGUAACUUAUAUUGAAUAAAUUUCCCCAUCUGGGCAAUUGUAUUGUCACAACGUUUCUGAAAAGUGUUCUUGUUUUCGCUUUUAUGACUGCUGCUUUUGUGUUAUCUAUUGUAAAAUAAAAUGAAAGUGCCCGUAUUUACAA